UUUGUUGCAGGUCCAACAGCAUGAACAUGAUGGAGACACUCUAAACCUUAUUAUAAUUAUUGAGACGAUGUCCUCAGUCCCUGUCCCUCCCUUCCCUCCUCCUCAGCAGCUGCUGAAGGAGUUCCUCUCCUCACCUCAGGAACUGGACAUUCACCAGUACAAGAGACACCAAAAGUUAUGGUCCCGUGUUCCAAUGCCCCGUUCAUUACUGGAGGCUCCACUCUGCCCAGCUCAUAUCAACAUUGUAUCAGAGAGGGACCCCAGCACUGGGACACUCCUAGACUAUAAGGAGGUUGAAUUAGAUGAGGUUGGUUUAACGGCCAGUAACUCCACCUCCUUGCAGCGACCCCCCGGCCCCCUCGAUCAAUUAAUAAAAGGAGAGGCCAACCAGUUCCCAUUCUGGCCUGGUGGGAUGGACAGAACUGAUGGUAUUUGUAGUUAUGAUAACGAAAUAAAUUUUGAUACAGAUUUAUUGACUGUCCCUCCUGGUUUUAGUGAAGGAAUGGACUUUAGAAAUAAAACACAUGCAGCUUCUGAUAUUAAUAGUUUAAAAAUUAAUUUUGAUGAAUUAUUUAACGUAACGGACAUUGACCUUCAAAUGGAAGAAGAUCCUCAAGGAAACGAAACAGAAACUGGAGACACCAACCAAGAGGAACAGGAACAGAUUGAUGAACUAGUAAUGAUUCCAGACCCAGUGUCAGGGGGCCUGGAGACUAGUGCUCGGACCCCUAAUAAGAAUAAUGAAGCGUGGGCCAUUAAAGUUGAGCUACACGAGGAUAUUGAUGAUUUUUAUAAGAAAAUACCUUCAAUGGCCCACACAUGGCCAUUUGAAUUGGAUAAUUUCCAGAAGCAGGCCAUUUUAAGACUAGAAUCACACGAGAAUGUUUUUGUGUCGGCUCACACUUCAGCUGGUAAAACAGUUGUAGCUGAAUACGCCAUAGCCCUGUCUCUAUCACACAAAACCAGGACUAUCUACACUUCUCCAAUCAAGGCUUUGUCUAAUCAAAAGUUUCACGACUUCAGAGGAACCUUCGGAGAGAGUGCCAUAGGACUAGUGACUGGGGACGUACAGAUCAAUAAGGAAGGACCCUGCCUGAUAAUGACCACUGAAAUACUGAGGUCAAUGUUGUAUCAUGGAUCUGAUGUGAUCAGGGACGUGGAAUGGGUCGUGUUUGAUGAGGUUCACUAUAUUAAUGACACUGAGAGAGGCGUGGUCUGGGAAGAGGUCCUAAUCAUGUUACCAGAUCAUGUUAGGCUGAUCCUCCUCUCAGCUACCGUACCUAAUACUAUGGAGUUUGCUGAUUGGGUUGGACGUACUAAACAGCGUAAGAUUCAUGUUGUCAGUACCUUACAGAGACCAGUGCCGCUACAGCACUACCUCUAUACUGGGAACAGCAAACACACUCAGGAAGAACUGUUCAUGAUAGUUGGAGAAGACAAGAAGUUCAUAGUACCAGGGUAUAAGCAAGCUCUGGAAGCAAAGAGGAAGAGUGAUGAGAAGAGCGGACCAAAGGGCGGGGCUAAGGGGAGGGGCCAGCUAACGACAGCUCAGGAGAGGAAUGUCUGGCAGUCGCUGGUGAAUCUGCUAAAGAAGAAAGACAACUUACCUCUUGUAGCCUUUACCUUUUCAAAGAAGAGGUGUGACGAUAAUGCCAACUCUCUCACUAACCUUGAUCUCACAACACGAGAGGAUAAACACAAGAUUGAUUCAUUCUUUAAGAAAUCAGUCUCAAUCUUGAAAGGAUCUGACAGGGAACUACCCCAGGUAGUUUGGAUGAAAGAUUUGUUGAAGAGAGGAAUAGGAGUCCAUCACAGUGGGAUACUCCCCAUAAUUAAAGAGAUAAUAGAAAUGCUGUUUGGACAGGGUCUAGUGAAGUUAUUAUUUGCGACUGAGACAUUUGCCAUGGGGGUUAACAUGCCAGCUAGGACUGUAGCAUUUGAUGCCAUUAGGAAACACGAUGGGAACAGGAACAGGGAACUAUAUCCAGGUGAGUAUGUUCAGAUGGCGGGAAGGGCUGGUAGGCGUGGCCUGGACACAACCGGGACUGUAAUUAUACUGUGCAAGACUGACGUACCGGAAUCAGGAGACCUUGUCAAGAUGAUACUAGGUAGUCCAGGUGUAUUGGAGUCUCAGUUUAGAUUAACUUAUUCAAUGUUAAUGAAUAUACUGAGAGUACAAUCACUGAGGGUCGAAGAGGUGAUGAUGAAAAGUUUUGCUGAACUGGACUUGGUUAAGCAUCAUGGUGACCACACCCACCAAUUAAAGGAGGUGGAGUCAAUGAUGUCAUCAAUAGACAGUGUACUCUGUCAGCUCUGCACUGGUGACAUUGAGUUAUACUAUGAGCAAUGUAGACUAUUAGUUAAUAUUAAUAAUCAAUUAAAAGAUAUAUUGAUGUCCAAUGCCCAUUAUAACAAGUCCCUGUUGCCAGGGCGAUGUGUCAUUCUUCAAACUAAUGAUUAUAAAUACAUACCAGCUCUACUGCUGCGACAUAACAGUGACCAAUCAUAUACUGCCCUCGUCCUCUGUAACCAUGGAAAUGAUCCUCCAAUCUCACUGGUCGAUUCUAAAUCCACUUGGGUAGUUCCUUAUUCUCCAAUUAAUGCCCUACACGUCCCUAGUGAUGGUCCCUCUCAUACCCUACUAAAGGUCAAAGGUCGUGAGGUUGUUGCUGUAUUGAAGAAAGUGAUUUCAUUGGACGUUCAAAAGAUACUGAGAGACUGUGAGAACAGAGAAAUACCUCGUUUCAAAGACAAUCCUCCUGCUGAUGUAACUGGUAGAGCCAUUGAAGUAUUGAGAGAGUUUGGAGAGGGUGGGGCUAAAGGGGGAGGGGCUGAAGUGAUGGAGUUUAAUGUGAAGAGUUUGGAAUAUGCUGAACUGAAAAGAGAAAAAGAAAGAAUUGAGGAAACACUGAGCAGCUGCCAGUGUCUCAAAUGCCCGCAAUUUAUAGAGCAUUUUGACAGGACAAGACAAAAGGCUAUAUUAAUUGAGAAGAGAUCAGAUUUAAAGUUCAAAUUAUCAGAAAAAAGCUUACAAUUUUUACCAGAAUACCAUCAAAAAUUAGACGUUCUUAAAUAUUUUGGAUUCAUUAGUAACGAUUGUACUGUUAAUCUCAAGGGGCGUGUCUCUUGUGAAAUACACACUCACGAGAUUAUAAUUACCGAAUUAUUGUUCCGGAACUUUCUUAGGCAAUAUGAACCAGCAGAAAUAGCAGCACUUCUAUCCAGCAUGGUCCUCCAACAGAGUCACUGCAGUGACCCGUCUCUUACCGACAGAUUGAAGCAAGGUAGGGAUCAUAUUCUUAGUGUUGCUAAGGAGAUUGCUGAAGUUGAAAUAUCAUUUGGUUUACAAGCAUCAGUUGAAGAUUAUCAAAGAGAAUUUAAAUUUGGUUUAACUGAAGUAGUCUACCAAUGGGCCAAGGGAGAGGAAUUCAUUAAUGUGAUACAACUAACUGAUGUAUCUGAAGGCGUUAUAGUGAAGUGUGUUCAGAGAUUGGAUGAAUUGUGUCGUGAUAUUGGUAAAGCUUGUAAACUGGUGGGAGAGAAGCAGCUGUCUCUUCUAAUGGAGGAAGUGUCUGUACUCUUGAGGAGAGAUAUCAUCUUUGCUGCAAGUCUCUACACAAUAUAAUGAUACUGGUGUUUAUUAUAAUGAUGCAUCUAUACAAUAAUUUUGUUUACUUUUGUAUGCAACAUAAACUGAAAAUAUUAAAAGUAUUAUUGGAAUGAAUACACCGUCCACUGUUGUUUCACAU